AUGUCGGUACAUUUCGAAAACGCUCAUCAUCCUUAUUAUCUUCUUACAACAAUUAGAAAUACUAAGUUAUAUUCUACCAUGUUAUCUCUCCUUAAUCUCAUUAAUAAUGCUACCACAUAUUAUAACUCCCUGUCCUCUAUGACAGCACAGCAAAAGGAUUGCGCGAGAAUCUUUUUUUCACGUCAAUUCUGUGCAUCUAACAUUGAAAUGGCCGAAAAUCCAAACUAUCACUCCGGACCAUCCGUUCAUGGUCGUCAUCCAAUGCAUUUAAUUGAAAAAAUUAUUCGAGAACGAAUUCAAGGAUCGCUUUACUGGAAAGAAAAAUGUUAUGGUUUAUCAGCUGCGACUCUAAUGGAUAGAGCAGUAGAGUUAGAAUAUAUCGGGGGUUUAUAUGGAGGAAAUCAACCUACAGAGUUUCUUUGCCUGACACUCAAGCUAUUACAAUUAUUACCUGAAAAAGAUGUGAUUAUCGAGUUGAUUUCACAGGAGGACUUCAAGUAUUUACGAGCAUUAGGCGCAUUCUAUUUACGAUUAACAGGCAGAGCAAAAGACAUCUACCAAUAUCUCGAACCACUGCUGAACGAUUAUCGAAAAUUGCGAGUACGAGAAGGAGACGGGUACUUUUUGACAUAUAUGGAUGCUUUUAUUGACGAUCUUUUACAUAAAGAACGCGUUUGCGAUGUGAUGUUGCCAUAUUUGACCAAUCGAUAUGUACUCGAACAGAAUGAUGAACUAGAGCCAAGGGAAAGUGCAUUAGAAGAUGAUUUGGAAGACGAAGAAAGUCAGGAUGAAGAAAAGAAUUGA